AUGGGUAUCUCACGUGACUCCAUGCACAAGAGGCGUGCCACUGGAGGCAAGAAGAAAGCCUGGAGAAAGAAGAGAAAGUAUGAGCUUGGCCGUCAGCCUGCAAAUACUAAGCUUUCAAGCAACAAGACUGUUAGAAGAAUUCGUGUGAGAGGAGGCAAUGUGAAGUGGAGGGCUCUUAGAUUGGAUACUGGGAACUACUCCUGGGGCAGUGAAGCUGUCACUCGCAAAACCCGUAUUCUUGAUGUGGUUUACAAUGCCUCAAACAAUGAGCUUGUCCGAACACAGACUCUGGUGAAAAGUGCUAUUGUUCAGGUGGAUGCUGCCCCGUUCAAGCAAUGGUACCUUCAACAUUAUGGGGUUGAUAUUGGUAGGAAGAAGAAGGCAGCGGUGAAGAAGGAUACCCCGGAGCAGGAGGGAGAAGCAACUACAGAAGAAACAAAGAAGAGUAACCAUGUCCUCAGGAAGCUUGAGAAGCGUCAACAGGAUCGCAAGCUAGAUUCUCACAUUGAAGAGCAGUUUGGAAGUGGGAGGUUGUUGGCUUCCAUCUCUUCCCGACCUGGUCAAUGUGGCAGAGCAGACGGAUACAUAUUGGAAGGCAAGGAACUUGAAUUUUAUAUGAAGAAGAUCCAGAGGAAGAAGGGCAAGGGUGCUGCUGCAUAA